AUGGACGACUUGAGCAAUCAAGUCACCAAAAAAAGUCCUCAGCUACAUGUGGAGAUAGGAGCUCUAAUAGCUGAUCUUAGGAGAGCUUUGGCCUUACUGGAAAUAGACAAAUGCAUCAUUUAUCGGUCUGUAACGACUAAAUUAGUUGCCAUCAUCAACGAGUUUGAGCUUCAGCCAAAGUUGCUUGAAAAGCAGCUUGCUUCCUAUGUCAAUGAAUUGAGUUCUUUAUUUAUCGAGGAUGUACUGAUUGGUGAAUUCAUUGGUAAUGUCGUAUACGCUUUAGCAAAGGUGUGCACUUUUAAAACAACGGCAUUGUUCUUUUCGAGUGAUGUCUACCUUCUUGACAGUUUGAUCGAUAGGUGCCGAGAUUCAAGCGAGGCGGUCAAGUUUGUUUGUUUACUAUGGCUUUGCAAUUUAGUACUUGUUCCUUUUCCCAUAAAAACCGUGGGAGCUGGUUUGCGUGAAAGAUUGGCAGAAACUGCCAAAAUUUCAUUACGGAGGUUUGUUAAUUUGUCCAAGACACAAGUUGUUGCCCUGAUAUUGUAUUCAAGACUACUUUCUAGACCUGAUUGCCAGGAUAUGCUCCAUUUAUUUUUAGAGCAAAUGGUAAACUCUUGGUCCAGUGCAGAUGCGAGCCAGAAGUUGGGAACGUUUUUGACAGUGAAUAAACUUCUUAAACGAGUUGAGCUUAGUCCCUUGGAAAUAACAGGAUUAUAUUCCUGUAUUAUGGGUGACAUUUUAGAGUCCAAGAACUCAAAUAUGAGUUUGGUUUAUUCCAUCAAAAUUUUGAGCAAAUUGGCGGUAAAUUACAUCAAAAGAGCACAGUUUCAGGGUGUGGCUGAAGUUAUCAAUAACUUGAUAAAUGAUAUACUACUAAGUGACAUAACAUUUGAAACAAACCUAAGAUAUGCUAUAGCGAAGGCAAUGUCUACCAUUGUGGAACAGUUAUCCUUUACAGCUGUCAAUUACCAAAACCAGUUAAUCAGAUUCAUUCCCGAUCUCAUAGAUAGAGAAGAAACAAAUGUGCCAAAGCUCCACACCAUUUUGUUAAGCUUGGGCUACAUCUCCUUGUCCAAAAACUUGCCAGCCAUGUAUGAAAUGGAUUGCAUCGCUCUCGCGUCGAGAUGCUUAUUCUUUAAAGUUCCAAAGGGCACAGUUCUUAUAGGAAGCCAAAUAAGAGAUUCGGCUUGCUUUUUGAUCUGGUCAGUUGUUCGCAAUAUGAAGCACUCUUCUUCCAACCUAGUCAAUACAUUUGUGGACUUAUUAAAGGUGUUGGUGUUUGAUGAGUUGCUAUUGAAAAAGUGCAGUGUUGCAGUUAUGCAGGAGAUUUUGGGCAGAUUGGGCAAAGAACUUGUGAAUACUACUUACAAGGGAGAGUUCAUAGUAAAUUUUGUCUCAAAACUAGACAGUCUACGGCUAGACCAGCACAUUUGCUACCAAUUUAUUGACCUGUUCUAUGGUGAUAUUGAUUUGUCUUUUCUUAUUUGGCCCUUGGUUGAGAUGAUAUGCAAUGACGAUGUUGAUGGCGGACACUAUUUAAACAAGUUACUCAAACAACCCGUUACCCUAGAAUUGGUACCGAAAUGUACAACUGAUUUCAAUCAAAUUGUGAGCAAGUUGAAACAAGCACACAAAUGGCACAUUUUAUUUCAAUUGGAUGAGUUUCAAGAAGGCCAUCAUGCAUUUGACAAUUUUGUGUUUGAUGAGUCGAAACUCGACAUGAUUAAAGGAUACCUUUUUGCCUUGAAAUAUAAGCAAUUGAAUGGGUUGGAUUGGCAGAAUUUACUAAAAAUUCUGCAGCACAGUAAUCUAGUUGAGGAGAUGAGACAAGUGGUUGCCGUCCAAGAGGAUCUACCCAUCGAAGAUGUACUAUAUCACUUGCCCCACGAUCGCAAUCUCUCGUGCACUCUAUUCAACUUUCCCAAUCUUGAGCAACACCAGUACGAUCGUUUUGUGAAUGUAAUCAAAGAUUUCCGUGUUGAUGUCGUUGUACGCGCAAAUUUGAUAGACAACCUUGCUGCUAACAUACCGCCGUUUUUCAAGGUACACGAUAUAUACACCCUCUUUGACGAUUACACAACCACUGAUCAGGGGGACGUUGGGUCCAGAAUUAGAAUAGCGGCGAUCAAACUAGUGGUGAAGAACAAUUUUGUUGACAAUACUGUCAGACUAAAAAUGGCACGAUUAAGCGGCGAGUUGAUGGACAAAAUUCGACAUCUCUCUUUCAAGGCACUAACAGGAAAAGACUUCACUUGGAGUCAUCUAUUCCUGUAUUACCAAUCAAUGGAGGUGUAUCAAUUUAAAGUUGAAUUUUGGCGUGGUGUUGCAUUUACCUGCGGAUCGUUUAUCGGAAAUACAAAAAUCAUUAACGAGUCGUUCGUUGAAUUAUUAAGGCAUGGACCUAAGGCCGAAGAUUUUGAAAUUUGGCUCACGUUUUUGAAACAACCUGACGUAAGAAACAAACGAGAAGUGAAGCUUGUAUCCAUGGUGUUACAAAUGAUUCUUAAAUUGUUUGAUUCAAAUUAUCAAAUCAAGCACGAUCUCAAUUACCAAGACCUAUUUGUAAAGUGUUACAAUUUACAUAUUAACACCAAGAAUUUAACACGAGUCAUGACAGUAUUGCAAAUUUUGCUCCACAUAUCGCAGAGAUGCACAAAAUUGAGACCAAGGAUAUACGACAGGUUCUUAUGGAUUUUGAAAAAUCACCCCUCCGCCGAGCUUAGAGCCUUUGUCAGCGAAAACAUACUUUUCGAAGUUGUAGGGGAGGCAUCGUUUCAGCGUUAUGAAAAAAUCAAUUGGUUUGAUAUUAAACAGUCGGAUUUAUCAUUUAUAGAAGGUGUUCUUCAGUCAAUUGAUUAA